UAUAGAAAUGAAAGUGAUCUCUGUAUUUCUUUCAGUGCCAAUGUUAAGCUCCUAAGACAAGGUCGAUCCAGAAGUGCCGGCGUUGAAUCACGAAAAUGAAGACCCUGAGUAUUUUCGCCAUCUGUGUUUUGCUAAAAGUGUCGCAAGGGAAAGAGCCCCAGGUGUACGAACACGUCGACGACCAACUCCAGGUGGAAUCUAACACCAGAGUAGUCCGCGAACCCGUCAACCAACAGCGACCGAAAGUGUACAAACCUCCCGUUUUCCGGUACCACGAUACAGCCCAACAGGACCAACGGAGGUUCCGCUAUGCCCAGCAGCAGCGCAUCGACAUGCAAAACAUCCUAAGGAAAAGCAAAAUGGUCCAACCGGAAGCCCCUCUGCGAGUGUCGUUAGUGCAAAAUUGGAAAGCCAUUGACCCCUCGGUUUCUUCGUCGACAGUCGAACAAAAUUACCAACUUCCGGAAGAAGAAAAAGUUAACGCGACAGUUUUGAGCAGAGUAGCGCCUUCGUCGACGAAAAAACCCGUAACGAGCAGGAAAUUGAAGCCCAGUAGCUACUACGAGGACUUCGGGGAGAAAAUCAAACGCCAAGACAACAACCAGAUCGUUUACGUCGAUCCAGAGUUGGUCAAAAAUCGCAGGUCGGAGUAUGAUUUGAACGCUCUUAAUGCUUUAGUAGGGCAAAACCCUAGUAAUCAGCUUGAGGGGCUAAAACGUCUGCUGCAAUCACCCCAGUCCAAUUUCAUCCUUCCUCCAAUCAAAGGGCCUUUAGCUCAUCCAAUCACCGAACAGAACCACGAUAUUCCCAACCCGAAUACCCACCCCAACAUUGAUACUAGCGUUUCCAUUGAUUCGAUUCAGUCUCAGUUGGACGAAGCCGCGAAGGCUCAACUCGCGAAAGCUUUGGCUGAAGCCCAACAACAAGCCCAGCAACAAGUGGAAGCCCAACAUAGAGCCAUUGCUAAGGCACAGGCCGAAGUCCAGAAGAAGGUUCUAGCUCAAAUCGCUCUUCAUAAUCAAGGGCUCAAACCUAUUCAGCCUGUGACGCAGCAGGUUACGCAGCCUCUGAAGCAGCCUGUGGCUCUACCGUUGAAGCAGCCUGUGGCUCUACCGCUAAAGCAGCCUGUGGCUUUACCGUUGAAGCAGGAAGUGGUACCUGUGAAUCUGUACGCCCCGAAUCACAGUCAUCAACAUCAGAAAAUUCAAGAACCCAAGUUGAAGAAAAUCAGUAUUACGAAGACGCAUCCGGUCACGCAGGGUCGUCAGAGUCCUAACACUUAUCAAGAAGUGGUUUUAGAGACUCAGCACAACCAGAAGGUUCUUCCAGGUGUUAACCAGCUGAAGUUUGCAGACAAUGUCGAUGAACACCAAUACGCAGCUCGCUACGCUUUCGGCUACAAAAUACGGGACGUGAAAAUGGGCAACGAAUUCGGACACGAAGAGAAACGCGACGGCGAAAACGCAAAAGGGCUGUACCAUGUCCUUCUACCAGAUGGGCGGAUGCAGAAAGUGGAAUAUUACGCCGACCCCAGCGGCUACCACGCGAAAGUGACGUACGAAAACCUUGCACAUUAGGAGUAAUUGGUUACGAGUGACGAGUACUUAAGAGGAUAAAUGGGUUUUGCUGAAAUCGGUGCUAACAUGCUUGAAAAGCUCUUGUAGCGAGUGUUGUCAAUAUUUAGCACGGGAUAAUUUAGAUUUAGUGUAGGUCGGUUACAUCAAGUUUUUAUUUUGUGGAGAUAGGCAACCCAUUAUACACACGAAGAUUAACUUUAGUCUUGUAAUUUUUUUUCAGGUGAACGCAUUCUCUACGGUUAUUUAUUAUUUUAUUAAACUCGUGUUUAUCUGCAUUUAUUCGCUAAGCCAAAUUUUAAUUCGUUGACGGGAGACGUGCAAUAAUGUUUAGACUGACUCGAAAAUAUUUCUUUACC